AUGGAACAGCUCAAAGCUCGGCUAGUGGAGCCGACUCUGUCGACAGAGCAAAAGCUCUUGGUGUUGGUCGGUUUUCCUGUGUUAUACGUCCUAGGCUUAACUGUUUACCGCCUCUACUUCCACCCGUUAGCCAAAUUUCCAGGUUCUAAGCUGGCAGCGGCCACAAAAUGGUACGAGUUCUACUACGACAUCAUCAAAGGACAGGGCGGCCAAUACUUCGUGCGAGUGAGUGAGAUGCACGAUAAAUAUGGGCCUAUUGUCAGAGUCAAUCCUGAAGAGAUUCACAUUCGCGACCCUUCUUUUCUCGAUAUCUUAUAUGCUACCAAUCCCACAAAAAGGGACAAAUACCCACCGUCUGUGGAGCUGGCUGGUUUGACAUAUGGGACCCACGGCACUGUGGAUCAUGAUAUGCACCGUCGCAGACGAAUGGCGAAUUCUCGCAUGUUCUCAAAGCGUGCUGUUGCAAGCGCCCAGGAGCUUAUACAUGGCCACAUCAAAGAGCUUAGCGACGUCUUUGAGAGAAAGGUUGGCUCUUCCGAGCCUAUUGAGAUGCAGACUACUUUCCUUGCUUACACUACUGAUGUUAUCUACCAUUACAUGUUUAACAAGGAUGUUGGCUUCCAAAAGGAUUGGAACAAAGCCCAAAGUUGGAGACACUCCAUGGAAGCAGUGGCUCAAGCAACUCCAUUCUGCAAACAGUUCCCCUGGCUCAACGGAAAGCUCCUGAUGUUGCCCGAGUGGAUCCUAAAUAUCCUUGUUGCAAAAUUACAGCCCGAUAUUGCUGGUCUUCUCGCCACACACAAGCUCAUGGGCAAAAUUGCUGCCGAGUAUGUUGCUCACAGGAGUACAGACAAGGGCAAACUUGAGUUUGAAGAAGAUGAGAAGAAUGUCAAGCCUUUGACUAUCUUCCAUUCCAUCGAUCGCAGCGCCCUACCCAAGGAAGAGAAGACGAGUCUUCGACUUAUGCAAGAGGGCCUCACUGUGUUGUAUGCUGGUGGCGAGACUGGCUCACGACUUCUGGCUCACACCAUUUACCACUUGUUAGACAAUCCUGAGAUUUUGGAAAAGGUUCGGAAAGAGAUCUUGGAUGCUGCUGGAGAUUCUAAAGAUUUGCCUGACGUCAAAGCCCUUGAAUCGUUUCCCUGGCUUGCUGCAUCCGUCCGUGAGUCACUUCGCCUACGCGCCACUGUAAAAUCAAGGCUUCCUCUUGUCUCAAAGAAGGAGUUAAUUUAUAAGGAUUGGGUAAUUCCCGCCGGCACGCCUGUUAGCAUGAGCCAGCCAGACAUUCUUCACAAUGACGAGAUAUACCCUGAAGCUUUGAAGUUUAAGCCUGAGAGAUGGUUUAAUGCUACUGAGCAGCAAAACAAAAUGUUCAUUCCAUUUGGCAAGGGUACUCGCAUGUGUAUUGGUGCCGAUUUCGCAUAUAUCGAAGUGUACAUGUCUCUUUCUGCACUCAUUACACGUUUCGAUUUAGAGUUGUAUGACACAACUUGGAAGCGCGAUGUGGCGUAUACGCGGGACUGCUUCCUGGGCGAGGCUUCUCGAGAUAGCCCGGGUAUCCGGGUGAAGGUGUUGGCGGACAAUAAGAGAUGGUUUGCUUAG